UAGCUGCUUAUCGUGACUACAGUUUAGCUAACAAUUUUUUCAUGUGUUGCAGAAUACAAUAAAAUAUGAGCACCUGGAUAUCACAAAGUGUCAUUAUUCAAGUGUGCAACACAUCGUUCAAGUGAGAGAGGGAGGAGGAUGGAGUGCCCCCAGUGCAGGAGGGAAUGUGGGCAGAAUGACAGGUUCUGCAGUGAAUGUGCCUACGAUCUGCGCUCUGGAAGGACGCCUGUCCCAGAAAUGCAGCAUUUUGGAUUGGUUGAAGACUGCAAACUGCAGUCCUGGUCUGUCAUUGGAUCUGGGGGUUUCGGACAGAUCUAUAAGGCCAAACACAAAGAUUUGGGGAUGGAGGUGGCAAUCAAACUACUGCAUUAUGAUGAUGGUUCCAGUGCAUCUCUGCAGAAGGAGGCUGAGUUCAUGCGGCAGGGUGGGAGCCCGUAUGUGGUGCGUGUUUUUUGGGUGUACCGGGGGGUGCCCCCCGGCAGAGGGCUCUCGAGCCAGGUGGGCCUGGUGAUGGAGCUGAUGGAGAGGGGGUCUGUGGAGUCCCUCCUGAAGAGGCUGAGGGGCCCCCCUCCCUGGCCCCUGGCCUUCCGCCUGGCUCAUCAGGUGGCUCUUGGCAUGAACUUUGUGCACAAGCUUUGCCCCCCACUGCUGCACCUCGACCUCAAGCCCAGCAACGUGCUGCUGGACCACGGCUUCGGAGCAAAGGCGAGUCCCAGGCUUCCUCUAUCUCUCUAGGCCUCUGGGCCAAGGCGAGUCCCAGGCUUCCUCUAUCUCUCCAGGCCUCUGGGCCAA